AUGACUCUGGAUUUGAAAAGAGAGUCAUGUCGCGCAUCUUUUUGCUGCCGAUUUUCACCUGUAGACGACAUUUUGCAACAGAUUUCACUAAAAGUUUUGUGUAACAAGAGAGGUUGCACAACAAGGUGGAAGAGAAAUCAUGUCCAACAAGGAUUUCGACAGGUGCAAUCGAUUCAAGUAUUGAAGAAGAAACUGACUUUGAAGGCAUUCUUGAAUCAAUUCAGUCCUUAUCCAAAGGCUAUACUACGCGCACCAUUUAAUCGUGGAAGAAAACGGCGCACGAAGCCCAUUUUGACUGAUCAGGCGACAAUGGAACAGUUCGCCAAUGAGCAAGCUGUAGGGAGGAAGAAAAAGCAGAACUCGAACACAGCUGCCAAAAAAAAGCGGCCAUCCACGAAAAAAUCACUGUAAUCAUCCUUCUUUUUGCAGUAUAUUGAA